AUGGCAAGGGAUGCGUUCUCUGAGCGUGAGAGCAGCUCGGAGAGCGGCCCGGAGGAGGAGGAGGAGGGGAAGAAAAGAAAGAAAGAAAUGUCUUCUAAGUCAGAGAAAAGGCUCAAAACGGAGGACAAACCUUUGAAGCUGACAGAAAAACCUCCAGGACAAGGCAGUGAAGAGGAGGGCAUGUUCCAGAUUGGGAAGAUGCGUUAUGUCAGAGUGUCCUGCUUCAAGGGGAAGGUCCUCGUGGACAUCAGGGAGUUCUACACUGACAAGGAGGGCAGCAUGAAACCGGGGAGGAAAGGGAUUGCCCUGUCUGCAGAACAGUGGAACCAGCUAAAGGAGAUCGUUCCUGAUAUCGAUGCUGCAGUCAAGAAAUUAUAA